AUGGCCUACCCUUACAUUGACACACCACGGACGGAAAUUGACGGGAACGCGACCUACCUCACCAACGGAUUUCGCAGCGCGGGGCGACUUCACCUGUCUGCACUCGAUUCUCUCGAAAAUUCAUUCCAAACGCCUUCGAAAGACAACGAUGUGAUAAAAGGGUUCGACAAACGCGUCACACCCCGCGCCGGUGCCGCCUCGAAAUCGACCAGAAGCGCGUUGCGACAUCUUCCAGCUGCAGGCCCUGGGAAGGGGGAAUUUACACCUCUGAUGAAAAGCGCCACGAAAAACAACUACAUGAAGAACAUGUCAGCUGCUAGAGGUGGAGACGGUCCCAAAACCCCGGGGUAUCAACGAGAGACGUACCGCAGCAACGCUCACACGCCUGGUUUACCUGCGAUGGAUAUGUCCGACAUAUAUGAAGAAGACCGAACGAUGGACGAGGCGACUCCUUUACCACAUGCUGCAAGUAGCAGUGCGCAAAGUACACCUUUACCCGGACGCGACGCAGGACCACUAAGUGACGGUCAUAAUAAUCUGUCCCUAAAAGAGCAGGCGAUAGCUCUUGACAAACUCAGCAAAGACAACUUCAACUUGAAGCUCAGGAUCCACUUUAUGGAGGAACAACUGCAAAAGGUCGGCCCUGAAACGAAUAAAGAAGCCCUCAAGGAAAACACCGAGCUCAAAGUGCUAAAAACGACGAUGCAACGCGAUAUUUCUCGAUACAAGAAAAAUCUCCAGCAAGCAGAGAAAGCUGCCGAUGAAUACCAAGUCCAGCUGGUAGAGCUACAGGGGAAGAGAUGGCGCGAGCAAGCCGACCAGACAGUGCAGCGAGAGAUGGACAUGAUGCGCGAAGAGCUUGAAUCGCGGGACAAUCAACUGCGCGAAACAAGCGAGGAGCUGCGAUAUCUCAAGGAUUCUCAAUCACAAGUGACCGAAAAGCUUCGAGACGAAAUUGAAGAUCUUGAAGCAAGCUCAAGGGAAAAAGAUCGAGUUAUCGAGGAGCGUGAAGAGGAGCUGGACGAUUUGAGACGCAAUGUCGAGGAAAAUGGUGCAGCUUCAGAACUUCAGCAAGAACUCGAUCGUGCCCGAGAGCAGAUUCAAGAGCUGCAAGAUAGUCUGGACCAAGCUCAGGCCGAGAGCAGGGAAGCAGACGUUGCCAUGGGGCAGGCCGUGGAAGAUAAAGAACGCGUCGAGGAGGAUCUAAGAGAGCUGCAAGAUGAAAUGUCCAACAAGUCCUUCACGACAAAAGGAUUAAGUCGCCAAAUGGAGGAAAGGACAGAACAACUCGAGCAAGAGCUACGAGAUCUACAACAAGAGAAUAAUGCUCUCAGAGUUGAGCUUGACAGCAAGACGAGCCAUGUGACUCGCCUAGAAGAGCACCACCAAGCUCUUCAGCAUGGCUUGGAAGACAACAACCACCUAAUCAGAGAUCUUGAGUCUGCUAAGCGAGAUCGCGACCAAGCCCAACAUGAUUUGCACAGGACUUCCGUUCGACUACAAGAGACCUUGAAUGAACUCCAACGCGAAUCAGAUGAAAAGGAACUUCUUCAAACUCGCCAUCAAGCGUUGACCGAUGAAUCGGGCGGACUGCAAACUGAACUUGAGCGAGCUCAAUCUAGAAUCCGGGAGCUUCAGAAAGCCGUCAACGAGGCCACCACCCACGCCCAAGACGAAGGUCACAAACUCCACUGGCAGCACAAGAUACAGGUCGAAAAGCUUCAAGAGGAGAUUGAGAACCUUCAGCACGAGAUUGAGGAGAAGGAGGGUCGGUUUGCAGUCGACCAAAGCCGAUGGGAGAGCAGCAAACGGGCCCUGCAGUCUGAGAAAACAUGGGCUGAAGGCCAAGUGGCCGACCUGCAACGGAAAAUCGAUACACUUCAAGAAGCCGGUAAUACCUAUACCACAAAGGAGUCGAGGCUGCAGGAUGCCGUCGACAGCGAAAAGAAGCGGUCCACCCAAGAGAAGACUAUGUUGCAACGCCAAAUCCAAGACCUCAAGGAUGAUCUCGAAAGAACAAGGCGUGAUCUUGAUGGAAAGCGCGAAGAGCUCUUUGCAACCAAGGAGGAAGCCAGGUUAUCGCGACGUGAUCAAACUGCACUUGCAGAGAAAGUGCAGGCUUUGGAGGACGAGAUCAUCGUUCUUCAAUCAACGCUGGCAGAUGAACAAGAAAUUGCGAAGGGUCGACAGAAUGCAAGCCCUGAUAUGGACAAGAAGCUGGAGCAGUCUUUGGCUGAACGCCAGAAGCUUCGCGAUCAACUUGCCAACGCCCAUGUCGAGCUCUACGAGUUGCGCAAUUCAGUACAGGAACUUGAGGCCGAACGCGACGAGCUCCAUGCCCAACUCGACAAAGCACCGAACGCAGAUGACACCACUCGCUUUGACCGCGAGAAGCUUGAACUGCGCAGAACGGUGACAAAGCUCGAUAGCGAUCUUAAAAUCCUGCAAAACGCGAAAGCCUCCCUCGAAGAACAAAUUGUGCUGGAGACUGAGCGAUUUGCAUCAGAGGAAGGCCGUCUUUCAGCUGAGAUCGAUCGUCUUCAGGACAAAUUGCUUGCAGGCUCAGGCAACCGGGACCGGGAACUUACUUCAGCCAAGACUAAGGUACAACGCUUAGAGCGUCGUCUGCAGAGUCUUGAGGCUCUACUGGAACAGCAGCCUGCCAUGGACACCGAGCAGUCUGGCGCACAUGGCGAUCUCUCUUUACUCCGCCAAAGCUUGGAGGAAUCACGCAAACGCGAGAAGAUUCUUCUUCACCGUGAAUCCAAACAAAAGUCCUCGGCGCAAACUCACAAAUCACGAGUUGAUGAGUUGGAGAAGGAGCUUCACGAUGCAAUGAUGAGAAAAUUCGACCCAAAUUCCCCGCAAAACUCACCGUCCAACAAGUUGCACGAGGAGUUGCGAUCAUUACGGAAGCAGGUAGCCGAAGCACACCGAUCUCUGCAAGAGGCGAACAAGAAGAAUCGUGACCUUGAACGUGCCGCCAUGAAGGAGGAAGACCAGAAGGACUUCCAUGAGUUGCUCAGGUCAUCCACCCUCGAGGCCGAAUCCUUGGCCCUCAAACUCUCCGAGCGUGAGGGACGUCUUACGGAUUUGAAAACACACGUGCGCCGUAUCCGUGAAGAAAGAGACGCCCACAAGCGCGAGGCUGAAGCGGCAACUAAGAACAUCGAUCUACUGCAAAGACGCCACGAAGAGAGCUUGGAGAAGAACUCUCUCAGCAAGUCCACCAACAAGACCAAGCACGAGAAGGAGAUUCGAGGCCUAGGCAAAGAAAUCAUCUGGCUUCGCGCUCGCCUCCAGCGAGAGGAGAAGUUCCGUCGUGAUCUUGCCUGGAGCAAGGGCUUAAUGGAACUUGGUGAACGCGUCCGAGUAGCAUGCAACGAUGCCGAUCUCCGUAUGAUCUCCGAGAUGGGCGUGCAAGCCCGUGACCGGGCUCCUGUACGCACACCGCGCCACAAAUUGAGAUCCGCCAUAUCUAUGGUGCGAGCCGCCGUCCGCAUGAAGAAUAUGAGCAGUGAUUGGAAGCGAACGAAGAAACUGGGCGAGGGCUUGAAGCGAGCCAAGACUGAAAUGAUCAAGCGGCGCGAUGGCUCAAACAGAAGUCUGUUUGGCCAAUAG